CGGCAUUUAAACUGUGUGGGAUGAGACAAUUAUUAUCUCUUUACGGCAGUUUUCAGUAGAUGGUAAAACUUCAAACAUAAUUAAGGUUAUUGUUUUUUUUUGCAGUAACCGGUUGGCCACGUAUUGGUAUACGUUUAUACCAAUUUUUAAAUUAUUUAUUAAAGUUUUAUAUUAUAGCACAAUGUUAAUAUUAAAAGCUUUGUUUAUUUUAUCGGCCGCAAGUUUUUGUUUAGCCGGUGAAGAACACGUACACGAAUUGACAGACGAUGACUUUACAGCAAGAUUGGGUGAAUUGGAAACCGCUCUGGUGAUGUUCUAUGCACCAUGGUGUGGACAUUGCAAGCGUUUGAAGCCCGAAUUCGCAAAGGCUGCUGAGACUCUUCAAGGAGAUGAAACACCUAUUGCUCUAGCUAAGGUUGAUUGUACUGAAGGCGGUAAAAGCACUUGUGGAAAGUUUUCAGUUUCUGGCUAUCCAACUUUGAAAAUAUUCCGUAAUGGGGAAUUAUCACAAGACUAUAAUGGACCUCGAGAAGCUGGUGGUAUUGUUAAAUAUAUGAGAGCUCAGGUUGGACCUUCUUCUAAGGAUGUCACAUCGUUGGCUCAAUUGGAAGCUUUCUUGAAACCAAAUGAAGUUGCUGUAGUAGGUUUCUUCAAGAAAGAAUCCGAUCUCAAGGGAGAAUUUUUGAAACUGGCUGACAAAAUGCGAGAGAAAGUUCGAUUUGCUCACACUUCCAACAAAGAUGUAUUAGAAAAAUAUAGUGUAAGUGAUGAUAUUAUCUUGUUCCGCGCUCCCCAUUUGAAAAACAAAUUUGAAGAAAGUUCUGUUAAAUUCGAAGGCAAGGCAACAAAAGAAGCACUGAGUUCUUUCAUUCAACAAAAUUACCAUGGGUUGGUUGGUCACAGAACUAGAGAUAACAUGCAAGAGUUCAGCAAACCUCUUGUUGUUGCAUACUAUGAUGUUGACUAUGUUAAAAAUGCUAAAGGAACUAAUUACUGGAGAAACAGAGUUCUUAAGGUUGCAAAAGACAAGACUAAAGUAAAUUUCGCUAUUAGUUCCAAAGCUGAUUUUCAACAUGAAUUAAAUGAAUAUGGCUUAGAUCAUGUCAAAGACGACAAACCUGUUAUCUUGGCCAGAAAUGCAAAGGGUGAAAAAUUCAUCAUGCAGAAAGAAUUUUCGGUAGAAGCAAUCCAAGAAUUUGUUGAUGAUAUGCUUGAAGGUAAAUUGGAAGUCUACAUGAAAUCUGAACCUAUUCCUGAGACUAAUGAUGGACCAGUCAAAGUAGCUGUUGCAAAGAACUUUGAUGAAAUUGUCACAAAUAAUGAAAAAGAUACUCUGAUUGAAUUCUAUGCUCCUUGGUGCGGACAUUGUAAAAAACUGGCUCCAGUUUAUGAUGAAUUGGGUGAAAAGAUGAAAGAUGAAGAUGUAGCAAUUGUUAAAAUCGAUGCUUCCAACAAUGACGUUCCAUCAACUUAUGAAGUUAGUGGUUUUCCUACAUUGUACUGGGCGCCUAAACAUUCUAAAGACUCUCCAGUAAGAUACGAGGGUGGCCGAGAAGUAGAUGACUUUGUUAAAUACAUUGCCAAACAUUCCACAGAAGAGCUUAAGGGCUAUGAUCGCUCUGGAAAAGCUAGAAAGACUGAGUUGUAAUGCGUUUAUCAACAUAUAUAGGUUUUUAAGAAUGUGGCCAAGGUCCAUGUUAAUUUAUUUGCUUAUAUCAAGUGAUCACAUUUGUAAUGUGAUAAAAUGUCAUAGAAUGAUUGAAUUUUUUAUAUG